AUGCCUACGAAGCCGCAAACGAAGAAGAUCGAUUUCACAUCAGGUGGCGCAACCAGCAACACUACAGAACUGGGUGUAAGAGAUAUGGAUGUUCAAGGCUGCCACGAAAUUGGUCGGGGGUCCUUUAACGGCGGCUAUAAGGCUGAGACUCUAUUGACAAGAUCUAAGCGAAGUAGUUGGUUCCCUGUCUCGCUACGCAGAGCUGAGGUAAGCCAGAUUGAAGAGCAAGCAAGUGCGGACACGGGCGGAGUGGAGGAGGGCUCGCUCGCUGGCGUCUUCCUUCCGGGCCACCGCCGGCGCAGCACUUCCAGCCGCCAGGCGACUAGUGCUCCGCUAGCAGCCGUCCCACCAACACGCCACGUGCGCGCACGACCAGCCGUCACCGGACAAGACUCCUUAAAGAAGAUGAAGCCAUCUGGAUCACUAAUUACACUGAUGCUAAUAUGCACUAUAAAAUCUGUUAUGAGCUGUGCUCGUUCAAGAGACUUUGCCCGAACACAUGAUGCCUUAAGCACCAAUCUAGUCGAGGAUGUUGUGGAUAGUAUACCCCAGGCAGUUGACUGCCUAGGACUGUCGGCAACUACCAACAGCCUCCUCAGGAAUUUCUUCAGGCCUCAGACAAAUGAAAAAGUAAAUACUCGCUUCUAUCUGUAUAACAGAGCUAAUAAAACACCUGUGGAAAUUAGUGCUGAUGAAAGGUUGAAUAACUUUUCUCACAGGAAUGGUACAAUUGUUAUUGUUCAUGGAUUCCUGUCUAGUAGUCAAGAAGAAUGGGUCCGGAAUAUGGCAGAAGCAUUCUUUGACAAGGAGGAUGUCAAUGUGAUUGCGGUAGACUGGACUGGGAGUUGGCAGUACUGGCAAGCCGUUGCAAACACAAGGGUGGCUGCAGCUGAAAUAGCACGGUUACUGCUCAUUUUGGCUGAUGAGGGCAAGGUGACGCCUGAACGAAUACAUUUGGUGGGCCACAGUCUAGGUGCACAUAUCUGUUCCUUUGCUGCCUCUGCUUUCAACAAAAGUGGAAGAGGGAAGAUAUUCCGUAUUACAGGUCUUGAUCCUGCUCAGCCAUGCUAUGCUUCCAUGAGGGAUAAUGAUAUGCGUCUUGAUCCUAGUGAUGCCAAUAUAGUUGAUGUGAUACAUACUAAUGGAAAACUAUACUCUCUGUUAGGUCUUGGGAUACCAGAGCCAGUUGGACACAUUGAUUUUUAUCCCAAUGGAGGGAUGUGUCAGCCUGGAUGUGUAAAUGGGGAAGCUGUUGGAUACAAAUUUCCUGGAAUCCUGUCUUUUCUGUUAUCUGCAGCCAGUGAUGUGACAACUCAGUUGCAGAAAGCAAUCUGUAGCCAUGGACGAUCAUAUAAGCUCUUCACAGACAGUAUACGUUUUCAUAACUGUUCCUUCUGGGGUCGUAAGUGGAAUUCAUUGAGUGAAAGAGAAUCUUUGAAUCUGAAUACAACAUGCUCUCUUGCCAACUGUACUGAAAUGGGUUACCUCGCUGAUAUAUUUCCUGCAAGAGGAAGCUUUUAUGUACCAACGAGGGAAACUGAGCCUUUUUGCAUUUACGACCGGAAAGCAGACCUAGCUAUGGCUUCAAGUAUAUAUGCUCUCCACAAUUUAACCUGGAACUUGCGCAAUAUACCUUUGGAUUCAGAAGAGUCUUUCCACUAGUAACAUCAUCUAACAAGUCAUAAAAUGGGCACUGUUUAUGGAGUGACACAUGAGAUGCUACACCUCACUGAAAUUACUAAAAGGUCCCGUGUAUAGUGAGAGAUUAGUUUCAAUCAAGUUUAGUAAGAAAAAUUAAUUCGAUUAAAAAAUACACUGUAGUAAGAUGUAACUGUUCUGGAUGAGCACUGAUCAGCAUUCUUAUACUAUCCACUAUUAUCCUACCUGUCAAGGAACAAAACUAAUCAUAUUUACAAAAAUAUGUGAAGCAGUAUGUAAGAAUUGCGUAAUAAGGAUGUUAUGGAUGACUCAGUUUACAUGGUAUAAAUUGUAAUAUUUCACUAUUUUCCUCAUGCAGUAUAUUUUCAUGUAUUAUCUGUGUCUAAUGUUUCAUAAUAUGAGAUGUUGAAAAUAGUGCGGUUCCCAGUCAUCCUCCAGUGGUACUUAUUUCUGUUUAGUAAGUGGUAGCCAAUUUAAUUUAUUUUUAAGAGCAAGGAUAAAUAGCAAAGUAUGUUGUAUUGGUGGACAGAAUAAUUAAUAUCUGAAUUCCACUUUUCUUACUACAUAAAAGCUGAAUGGAAAAUGGAGCUUCCUACUUAAGACACAUACAGUAGGCAGGCACUCAGACUUAUAUGCCUGUGGUUUACAUAAGGAACUUUAAUAGCAAGGUGCUCCUACAGAAAUAUGGAUUAUUUUUAAGAAACCAUCUAAAAGGAGAUUGGUUGUACAUCCAAUGUCACAUGUUGUCAAACAUGCGUGCUGUAGCAUGUAACCAACAGGUUAACAGAUGCAAAGAGUCCAUGAGAUAAAAUGAUGAAGCAUUGCAAUUAAGAGUGUUGUUAAAGGGGAGGUAGUGAAAUCAAACAAAAGUAUGAAUAAAGAACUAGAUUUCAGGAGAGGAGGAAUAAAAAAAACUUGAAAAAAUAUGGUAUAGUAUUGGUUUUAAUUUGCCAGAAGUAGUACAACAAAACAAUUUUCUGCACCUUGAUGUACAGGAGACAGCUGUGUCCUGCACGAAAACAAGAUAUGUACCUGUGCCAGAAACACACACUGGAGGUAUGCAUAAACAAAUGGAGAUAUUGCUGAAAAAGAGAGUAUUCAUUCCAGUGGCAAAAAAUUACUGUUUUUUUUGGGGGGAGGAAGCAAAUUAAAUUACAGGACUAAAAAUGUUACACUACCAAUGAAACUGUAUAAUUAUAGGACAUAAAUUUUGCUUAUAGUUUUUGUUUGAGGACAAAAAUCGCUCCUUUCUCUUGAAUUUCAUUUUCAGUUUCCAUGUUGACAGCUAUCAGGUGCAAUACCUACUUGGAUGAUAAAACAAAAUGAAAAAAUAAUCUUUUAUCAUAAAAAAAGUCAAAGAAAGAAAUGAUAAAGGCAUAAAUUGUAUAAUAAUAUAUAUAAUGACUAUAACUCUGUUCUAUUGGUCCAUUCAGGGAAAUAGUAUUAGGGAGAGGAGGAGGCAAUUAAUAUAAAUAGCCAACUGUUUCAGUCUAAGUAAUCAGAACUGGGAUGCAAAAAUUAAAAAUAUGGUUUUUUAGGAUAUUCUAACUCUGAUUGCAAUUUGUUUGAAACUUAGAACUUUCCUGCCAUUGUUCAGGACCUCCUUUUUUUCCCCUUCUUUCAGGUAUGAAAACUGCUAAUAGUGUUGUAUUUGCCAAAUGCAUGUAUAGUAUGAUUACUUUUUAGAACAGAGUGAACUGAAAUAGUAGCAGAGCUGGCACAAAGUGUUAAAUUCGGUCAAUCUAAUCAGUUAUUGUAUGUUGCUUUGGAUAAAAGUUACUUAAAUUCCCAGUAGUAUCAACAUAUUCUGAGCUUCCCACUAUUUGGGAAUCACCAGAUUAAACAUUUAAUUCUGUACACACAUGGCCUUCCAUGAUUUGUUUAGAUGGGCUCUGUUGUAGGAGAGCAGAAGACUAAAAAAUGUAAAUGUGCUGUGUGGAACAAAUGUGUGCUGAAGCUUUGUAGAAAACUUUCCCAAUUUAUUAUUUAAUGAUUAAUGUUUAGUAGCAAUUCUAAUUUAGCCCUCUCCUUGAUACAUAACAAUGUUUUGUUUUUUGUAGUCAACUUAAACUAAAGUAUGUGAAAGGUUGAUAACAUGGUCAUACUUGCAUCUAAUAACACUGCUGUUUACAGUAAACACAAUAAAAAGAAAAAUUUAGCAUGGCAAUGUUGAUUUGGAAUCUUUGAUGUUCACUUCUGUAGUAUAUUUAUUGGGGAAUUACAGAGACAGGGUAAUUAUACUGGAUGCUUGACCAGCAGAACAUUUAUGUAAAUGCCUUAUGUUUUAAUGUAUAAGCUGGAGCAGGACAUUUACACUGGGAACUUGAGGAGAACAUUAAACUUCCAGCGUCAAUAAAAAGUGUUAUUGCUCAUUGUCAGAUGAUGGUCAGAUUGAAUAACUGAAAGUAAAGCGGGGUACUAAUAAAGUCUGACAAGAAGUGAAAAAUUAAUAUUUUCCUUUGCCAUCCAAUGUAAUUCUUUUGAUUCCUCCAGUUUCUAAUAGACUGCACCUCAUGUAUUAAAAGUAUGGCCAUUUUGUCAAUCUUCAAUGUAAGUUCUAACUUACAUGUGAAACAGUAAUUUUAUUCAGAUACCAUAUCUACCAUGUGUAAGUGCAACUAGAAACUGCUAAGAAUAAAUUUUAUUUUUAAUUUGAUGAGUUCCUAAUUUAAUGUUAUCAUUUGUUUUUAUUAAGCACAAUUUAGCUUUCAUUUUAUAACUUUUAUGACAAAAAAGGAUAUGUAACAGUAAAUUUGAGUCCAGUUGCAAUAAAAUCCUUUAAGAUAGCAA